GUGUUCUGUCGAGCCAGCGCCAUUUUUUCAACGCAAGACUCGGCCUGCAUAAAUUAUGUUCAUGACGUAGUGCAAAAGAGCAAAUUUGUGUUAAUUUUGGGGGACUUUUCUGUAGAUACAGGUUCUCUUUAGCUAAUAAGGUGCACUUACCUCACUGGCACAACAGUUAACGAAAAUACGGCAUUAAACGUUUAGGAAAGGAGCAGCAGCGCUCUCCCGAGCCUCCUUAUCAAUGCAAAUAGCUCUUUUGUGUGCAUCCGUAUCGCGGCGCCUGGACGCUGUGAGAUGAAUUUUUAAUUAUGCAUGUUUAAAACAAACUGUGGCAAAGCUCGCCGAAGGAGAAGAAAUCAAGAAAACAGCCCACCUUUCACCGGGUGAUACUGUGGCGCUGUAUCACUAUGCAGAAUCAUUGAUCAUUGUGGAACAAAGACAUCACCAUGGACACGGAGGAUCUCCCAGCAAACAAUGCUCCUCUUACUGUCAAUGAGCAGAUUUUAGGUUCCUGCACUUUGAAAUUCCCAGCACAAGACGACCAGGUCAUCGUCAUGUCAGGUCAGGAGACCAUCCGUGUGUUGGAGGUGGAGGUGGAUACGGUCUUGUCCUCUUCGGGGGGUGAUGGAAAGGUGGAGUCAGGGGGCGACGAAGGGUGCGCUCAGACCCUGGAGGCAGUUGAGGAGGCUCCAUUGGAAAGUCCAGAAACCACAAGCACAACCACAGCUGUAACUGUGGACGUCUCGGCACCUGCAGCCCAGACUGUGACCCCCAAAGUCUCCAUCAGUGUGUCCCAGCCACAGACCAACGUGCCCAUCACUGUUCAGGCCUGCCCACAGGUUCUGACUCAGGAUAGUUUGGCCUCUCUGAUGACUGGUAUGCUAGCACAACAGAGUUCUCUUGGUCAGCCGCUGUUCAUUCCUCUGAGCAUGGCCGGAUCUGUGGGGUGUCAGGGUGGUCUGGCAGUGUUCACGUUACCGACUGCUACCGUGGCCACCCUCCCUGGCCUUACUGCUGCCAGCCCUGCCGGAGGACUACUGAAGCUCCCGUUCGCUGGGCUGCAAGCUGCGACCGUUUUGAACCCUGCGCAGGCUGUCCUGCAGCCUCAGGUGUCUGCUUUGCAGUCAGUGCAGGCGGCCAUGCAGCCAUCGCAGACCGUGUCGACCACUGCUGCAUCUGCUUUGCAGAGAGUGUCAGAACCCAGCAUCUCGGUUGCAGCACUUCAGGCUGCAGGCCUGUCCAUCAAUCCGGCUAUUAUAAGCGCUGCGUCUCUGGGCGGGCAGCCUCAGUUCAUCAGUUCUCUUACUACAACUCCCAUCAUCACCAAUGCCAUGUCUAACGUGGCAGGACUCACAAGUCAGAUCAUUACCAACGCACAGGGCCAGGUAAUCGGAACGCUACCUCUCCUGGUUAAUCCUGCUUCACUGGCCGGAGGUCAUGCUCAAGGUCUGCAGCUCCAAACUGUAUCCCCACAGCUGCUCCUCAACUCCCAGGGUCAGAUCAUCGCUACUAUAGGGAACGGCCUAACAGCCGCUGCCCCGUCCAUUGCUUCUGUCCUCCCCAAAGCCACCGUGCCCCUGACACUCACCAAGACCACCACACAGGGUCCUAUUGGGAAAGUAACCCAGUCAAAAUUGAUCAUUGCUCCUCAGCCCACAGCGGGGAAAGCAGUCACGGCUCUCUCCUCUCCUGGUGCCAUCGCGUGUGUGGACAUGCCAACCGUGGGCCAACUUGUCAGCAAGCCGCAGUCUGGUGUAAAUGAAGAAGAGGCCAUUAAUCUGGAGGAGAUCCGUGAGUUUGCCAAAAAUUUUAAGAUUCGACGGCUCUCUCUGGGUCUGACACAGACUCAAGUGGGUCAGGCUCUAACUGCUACGGAGGGACCCGCCUACAGUCAGUCAGCCAUCUGCAGGUUUGAGAAGCUUGACAUCACUCCAAAAAGUGCCCAGAAGCUGAAACCCGUCCUGGAGCGCUGGCUGGCUGAAGCUGAGCUUUGGAAUCAGAAGGGUCAGCAGAACCUGAUGGAGUUUGUGGGCGGCGAACCAUCCAAGAAGCGUAAACGGAGAACCAGUUUCACGCCGCAGGCCAUCGAGGUCCUCAACACGUACUUUGAUAAAAACUCCCUUCCCACCGGCCAGGAAAUCACAGAGAUCGCCAAAGAGCUGAAUUACGAUCGAGAGGUGGUCCGUGUCUGGUUUUGUAACCGGCGGCAGACUCUUAAAAACACAAGCAAGAUCAAUGCGUUUCAGGCCCACUAGGAUGAAGGAGCAUCUGAAUGAACUUUCUGAAGGUUUGGUGUACAAUAACUGGUUGGAAUUUUUGGUGCUCGUUACAAAAUGACUGAAUUGACUGAUUUUGAGAUGAACCGACGGCUCCUGCGUGUUGGAAUAAUAUCAAACAUACAUUAUUUUUGUUGUUCAUUUUGCCUUUUGUUGUGCUGCAUGCAGAGUGAGUUUUUGGUGUGCAAGGACAAUUUCUGAUGCUAAAAUGACCAUUAAGAAAUUGAUGAAGCUGCAAAAUGCUAUUGUUGCUGUUUUACUUAUCAAUGAAAGUAAGUAUUCAUUUAUACAUAUUUUUGCUUUUAAUAUUUCACAGAAACUAAACUGACGUUAUUCUUGACAGCAGUAAUUUGCUUUCGCUGUAGCAAUCGCAGCUUUGGGUUUUGACUAAAUAUAAAUUACACAUACGAGGUUAAUGAAUAAUUUGACAGAAUUUUCCAUUUCAUGUGUUCGUGUAGUUUUGCUGUAAACAAAUUUUCCUGUGAACAAAUGUAUUUUGGUCUUUAAUUCAAUUCCUUCAAGAUCAGUGCAGUGCUUGUAUAUUUUAGAUGUGGUUCGGUUGAACGUCAUACUGGACAAACAUAGUACUCUGAAUCAGACAGCAUGACCCGCUAUUACUAUGUGGUUAAAUCUGUAUUAAGUUUGGACUGUCAUUGUCAUCUAUUAAUUUUCAUCUUUGUGUGAUUUUCAUUGUGGUAUGUCUGUCUAUUGAUUUAAAUAGAAAGUGUAAAGUGUAUUGAAGAUUGCAGUUACUGAUAUUGUAGAUGUCUUAUGGGUUUUGUGGAUGCUGUUAUUUUGGUUUUGCCAUAAGGAGUUAAAAACACAAUUUAAUAUCAUUCAAGAGAAAAUUACAUCAAUACUAUAUGAGGCACUUAUAAAAACAUGACUUGAAAUUUAUUAUUGAUCAAAGAGUUUUAUAACAUGACAAGUGUUAAAGAAUAUUAUCAAAUAAUGCGAAUUGUAGUUCAUGCAAUUAUACUCUCAUUUAUAAUAGAACUUUGAAAGAUUGUGACAUUGUGCAGCAAUAUUCAGUUUAUAUGAACAUUUUCAAAAUUUGUGACGGAAAGCAGUCCAGCGUGUUUUACCACGUUUUUAUGUUUAAACAUAAAGCUAUAUUGUUCUUAUGGACCUUUAGUAUUUAUCUAAUGGAUUUGUAAUUGGUAUAAUACCAGAAAUUUACGGUAGAAGUGAGAAAGGGAUUGUGAAAUUAUACUUAAGGCUAUGAACAUGGACGUAAUAUGCUGAAGAUGAACAAAACGAUGCCUAACAAUUGUAUUUACAGAUUAAAAUCAUGGUACUCUGUUAACCAUAUUUAUUUUGUAUCAAUUGUAAUGUUUGGUAUUAACUUGUUAUUUGAAUAAAUUAACACU